GAGCAAGCCAGAUAAACAACGGUUGAAGCUUUAUUUUUCGUUCAAUCUUUGAUUUCUUUCAACGGAGGAAAGACCGGAAACUGUAAUAACAAAAGUCAUGGGGGAGAACAGCGGCAAGAUUCAGGACGCCGAUCAGAUAAAAAACGAGUUGUCCCUUCGAGCCGAUGAGGCUAACGGCGAAGAAAACUAUGAGGAAACUCUACCUGGUCAUGAAGACGAAAAGAAAGAGAAGAACGCUUUGGUUGAAUUGAAGUGGAGGUUUGAGGACGCCAUUCAAGGGAAUAAGGCUUUGAUUGAAUUCAGGAGUAGAAUUGAGGAUGCAAUUCAAGGGAAUUCUCUCCUGGGGAAACCAGACGGUUCUCAAGUCUGUCAAAAUGAAACCCUAAACACGAUCGGUGAGCCGGAAGAGAUUAGACUCUGGGGUGUACCUUUGAUGCCAAGCAAAUCCCACGCAGGGACCGAUAUGGUGUUAUUGAAAUUCUUGAAAUCGGAGAACUACAACGUCCAUAACGCGUUCGAGAAGCUUAAGAAGACGUUGAUAUGGCGCAGGGAAUUCAAGGCCGAUGGAAUACUCGAAGAAAACUUGGGCCCCUAUUUCGAGAAAGUGGGUUAUCACAGAACCGUAGACAGGAAAGGUCGCCCUCUGUUUUACAAUGUGUAUGGCGAUUUGAAAGAUAACCAAAAUAAAAUACUUGGUUCAGAAGAGAAUUGCGAAAAGUUUUUAAGAUGGAGGGUUCAGUACAUUGAGAAAUGUAUCAAAGAACUCAACUUUGAACCCGGUGGAGCUGACUCAGUGGUUCAGGUAAUGGACUGGAAGGAGUUCCAUGGUCUUCACACAAGGGAACUACGUUCCGCUUAUCGAAAAUGGUGGACGAUGCUCGAAGAAUAUUAUCCUGACAUCAUCCAUGGAACGAUAAUAGUAAAUGUUCCCUUAUGGUACCAUGUAUCCCAUUCAGUUUCUUCACGGCUCACAACUCAUAAAGCGAAUUACAAGACCAUUUUUGCCCGACCAGGGAGAGUUACAGGGACUCUUCUCAAAUUCGUAUCCCCGGAAAACCUUCCAGUCGAAUACGGAGGCCUCAAAAGAACCAACGACGACGAGUUCUCGCCUGACAACGAAGCAACAGAAGUCGAUCUCAAAGAAAACGCAACAGCAGAAAUCGAAAUCCCCGCCAACCAGGCUGGUGUGACGAUGUUGUGGGAUGUAACGGUGGUGGGAUGGGAAGUGACAUACAAAGAAGAGUUCGUACCGGAGGACGAAGGAUCGUACAGGGUGAUGUUGCAGGAGAAGGAAAAGAAAGGGGGAGAGAAACAGAGUAUUAGGAACUCAUAUUAUAUAAAUGAAGCAGGCAAGAUCCUUAUUUCGAUUCAUAAUUACAUGAACAAGUGCAAGAAGGUGCUUUAUAGAUACAAAACCAAAGCCACCGUUCCAGCUGCUACCUCUCGCAAAAUGGAGAAUAAAAAUGAAACAUGGAGAUUAAGUCGUUCAUUCUUGAUUGAGUUACUGUAAUAAAAAUUUAUU